CCCCCCAAGCUAUCAAAUUAGUUCCAGAUGCCUUUUACCAAACCGACCAAUUAGUUUCGAAAUCGGUUAAUUCAAGCCAGCAUGAAAAGUGCGAAAAAAAAACUAAGCACAGUGCACACACAUCACGUUAGAUUAAUGUAUGCAUCAGAAAAAGUUAAAACUGUGGAUCAGCUCACUUGGCGGUGAGCCACCAAUGCAAAAGGCCCUAUAUUUGGAUAACGAAUAUAAGAGAAGACCCCAGCGAUUGCUGUCGCACAAAGCUCGCCGUUCACGUACGGCGAGAACGAGCCAGCGACCAACCGAGGCCUGCCUGCUUUGCACCGGCCGGAGAGAUCUUGAUGGCGGCACCGCCGCCGCUCCCGGCGCCCCCGCCGCCGCAGCCCAGCGGAGGCAUCGUCGAACCAUUGCCGGUGGUGGCGCCGCAUUUCUGCGCGCCCUACGUGGUGCAGCUGAACGUGCAAGAACAGUUCGGCCUCCGAGAGGGGAGCUUCCUCAUCACCGACACCAACGGCGCCGUCGUGAUCACGGUCAAGGGCGCCUUCAUCAGCAUCCACAACCGCCGCAUCCUCUUCGACGCCGGUGGCAAUCCCCUCCUCUGCUUGCGCGAGAAGGUAAUUAGUAUGCACAACAGAUGGGAAGCGUACAGAGGGGACGGCACAAAAUCAAGUGAUUUGCUCUUCACCGUCAAGAAAUCUUCAAUCAUUCAACUGUUUAAAACAGAGAUGUACAUCUACUUGGCUUCGAACACUUCACAUGACGUCUGCGACUUCAAGAUGAAUGGUAGCUUCAAUGAGAGAGCUUGUUCUUUCUACCUUGGUAAUACCAACACCUUGAUUGCUCAAAUGCACCGUCAGCAUUCUGCCACAAGCGUGGUGUUGGGAACAGACCACUACAGUCUUACCGUAUUUCCAAAUGUUGACUACGUGUUCAUCUCAGCUCUUGUUGUGAUUCUACAGGAGCUUCACACGGAUAAAAAUGAUUGAUGAGCACAGGGAUCUAAGCUUCCAUGCAAUGAGUUGCGUGGGCGUGUCAUAUAUAUGAUCUUGCUGUUUUUUUUUACUAUCCUCUCAUUUUGGAGGAAUUGAAAUCUACUUAAUGAACUAGACUAUUUGCUUAGAAUUGCUGAUUUAUCUGGAUGCAUAUUUUAGAUUUUGUUGGUCAUAUUCAGUAAUU